CAGGAGAAGAAUGGAAAGGCUAUAUACAUGGAGUACCCAGACACCUUCGUUCAGCGAGGAUUGUGUAGUGAAGGGUUGGGCAACUGGGAAGAUGCAAUCCAAGAUUACUCUCGCGCCAUCCAACUGUGGGGAGGAGGUCGAGAGCAAGGCGUUAAUCCUUACGUCCUCACCUUUCGCGCGAACGCUCUUGCCAAGCUGGGGAAAUAUAAUGAGGCACUGGUGGACUACGAAGCUUCCGACCGAUUGUUUGUCGCGGUACUCAGAGAUGAAGCUCGAGCACUGGACGUGAGAGCGAAUUAUGCGCUCGCUCUCUACCAGGCAGAUGAUUUGAGGUUGACCAUGUUCACUGCUGACCCAUUGCACCACCUACAGUUGUCAGGUUACACGGACAUGCACGUUGCUCUUGCCGCCAUCGCAUGGAGUGCGGGGGAUCGCGAGACUGCUGAGUCGGAGUGGGAAUUCGCAUGCAACAAGAUCCAGACAGGAUGCAGUCUCUACAGGCAAUCCCUUAUCUCCAGAGACCUUGAUUGGCUGUCCACUGUGCGCCGAUGGCCACCCGCCAUGGUUGCCAACAUGGCACUUUUCUUGGGAAAGAAGUGA